AUGCUGCGCGACUUCAACCUCGUGCGCGUGCUCAAGCGGACGGACACGGAGCUGGCGCUGCUGGGCAACUUCAGGAGCGACAACCACAAGAAGGCGGCGGUGCUCGUGAUCCAGACGGCGGCCAUGGACUCUGGCGCUCUGGACCGAAUGCUGGCGGGCAUGUCGUUGCAUGAGAUCCUGGUGAACGAUAUCUACAGCACGUUCCAGGGAGACGUGGCGCGAGAUGUCAAGCCGUACAAGGUGAACUUGAUCUACCCGGCGACGGAGCGGCAUGUGCGCAAGCACACGGACCAGAACUUCCACAUAGUGGUGGAGACCAAGGAGGCGUACAGGAUGAUCACCAAGCCGUACAUCGACAGUAUCCCUCCGGAGAACAUCGAGUGGGUCUACAAUAUCUUGGAGCACAAGAGCGAGUCGGAACGUAUUAUCUUCGAAGACUCGCACCCACGCAAUGGUUUUCUUCUGCUUCCCGACUUCAAGUGGUCGGACCCCACCAAGUUGGAGUCGCUCUAUUGUCUGGCAAUUGUUCACGAUCGAUCGCUUCGAUCGCUUCGUGAUCUCACGGGAUCACACUUAAAGCUGCUGCGGAAUAUCCGCAAUGCGAGCUUGGAAGUCUUGAGCGAAAAGUUUGGCGUGAAUCCGAGCUCGAUCCGCAUGUACUUGCACUACCAGCCGACGUACUACCACCUGCAUGUGCACUUCUCGCACGUGAAGAUGACCCAGGGAACGUUCUCGGGCAAGGCUGUACUGCUGGAGGACGUGAUCUACAAUCUUUCUGUCAACAGCGACCACUACAAGAACGCGACGCUGUCGUUCGUGGUCGGCGAGAUGCAGCACAAGCAACUGUUCGAGCUUUUCCGCGAGAAGCGCAUCAUUUAAUGCACGCUAGACAAUCGCAUUGCUCCAGUUAGAUGCACUCUUGAAGGCGUCCGCACGGGAUCAUGCCUAGCAGGCGCCUUCAAGAGUACGAAGGACUAAUACCAUGUGCUUGUUGGAGGUGUGUAAUAGAGAUACCGUACCCAUUCGCGU